GGCUCUAGUGGCAGAGAAGGCUUCUUGUUCCCUCUAAAAAAUCCCCAUGGCUUCUUCUAUUCUUUCUGCUGUCCUUCGUCUUCAUCAUCGGAAUCUUCCCAACUAUCUCUCUCCCCAUCUUACCCCUACAAUCUCCCACCAUGCCCCUUCUCUUCACUGCUCUGCGCCACUUUUCUACAUUAAUUCUCUCAAAUUCUUCAAGUCCUCAAGAACGGUCCCGUUUGCUGUCACAGAAUCCGACUCCCCUAAAUCCAUCGAACCCGACCCGCAGGCACUUCUUCAAGAAGUUGCUGACAGUUUUGUUCUCCCUGCGGAUUAUUUCUCUCGGCUGCCUCGCGAUCUUCGUCUCGAUUUGAAUGAUGCAGCCUUUGAUCUUUCAAAUGGUCAAGUUAAAACUGAGUGUGGUGAAGAUCUCGGGGAGACAUUGCUAAAUAUAAGUCGAGCAUGGGAACAAGCUGACACAUCAACAUCCACAGCUUUAAUGAAGACGGUUCCUCAGCUGGCAGGCUCUUUGACCGGUUAUCAAAAAUCAGCACUUGGAAAGCGCAUAUUAUCUGCUGGAAGGAGGUUUCAAUCCAUGGGACAGUAUGGUCAGGGUGAAGUGCAGCUGAUUGCUAAAGUGAUGAUGAGGAAUGGAAAGCUCUUGUCUGCAAGUCCAGUAUCUGGAGGCACUGAUGAAGAACCAAAGCAACAAAUCCGGACCUUUAAGUUUGGUGAGCUUCAGGUUGCACUGACUUCAGAAAAAGCGUACAUUGGAGCUGCUAUUGGUGCUGUAUUUGGGGUUCUUUCUUGGGGAUUAAGCCAAGGUGUUGCAAGUAUACCUGAAAGCUCAUUGCAGUAUGCAAAUGACAAUGCUUUGUUACUUGCUAAGUCACUGCGUGGAUCUCUUCUCGUACUUUUCUAUUCCUCUACAGCCUUAUCCGCUUUUGCUACAGUGGGACUUGUUUUACUUGCCGGACAACUUAAGUCAAGCGAUAAGGAAUGACCCAUUGGCGAUGGAAAAUCUAACAUGCUACUUUUAUAGAGCGGACUCCUACAAAGACUUGAAAAUGUCGAGAGAUUUACAAGUUAUUGGUUUGAUGGCUGUAACUUGUAAGCUGUCAAGAAUUUAUGUAUAUUAAAUAUCUCCCAGUUUUUUUCAUAAUCCUUUUGAACAGAUAUUACAUCUUUUUAGUCGAGUAAAUCGUGAUAAA